GGGGCCGCUUCGUCAGGCGCGCAGUGCGCAGUGCGCAGCACGCGGUGAGCAGGGCCCUGUCCGCCCGCCGCCCACCGCCCUCCGCUCCCGCCCGGGAAGGCCCUCCGCGCCGCCCAGCUCCUCUUCGUCGCGAUGCUCCGUGAGUGAGGAGACGUAAGGCAAGAUCAUGAAGCUGGAGGUUGGAGGUACUGCGCACGCCGAGCUGCUGAACACGGACGACGACUUGAGCAACGAUGCUCCCAGCGCGGCCUCCAGCGUCGCACCCAGCGAAGCACCCAGCGAAGCACCCAGCGAAGCACCCAGCGAAGCACCCAGCGAAGCACCCAGCGAAGCACCAAGCGACGACCCUAGAGACACUCCUAAUGAAGACAGUGCCCUUAUCAAUGGCCUCAGCCACGCCCACACCGCGGCGCCCGGUGACGCCCCCGGGAGCAUCUCCAAAGAAUCGUCCAGUGACUCUUCCACGAAGGCCCCCAUCUCCAGUGUUAAACCCAGCGACGGAAUCACAUUUCACAUGCAGGUGGCGGAGGGCGAGGCGGAUGGCGCGGAGGGCGUGGAGGGCGCGGCGCGCGGCUCGCGGGGGCUGCGGGGCGUGCGCGAGCGGCUGCGGGGCUGGCAGUGCGACAUGCGCGCCUGGGCCGCGGCCUUCGUGGGCGCCGCGCUGCUCUUCGUGGUGCUGGUGGUGGCGCUGAGCUUCGCCUUGACGGACUUCACCACCAUGCUCCCCGAGCAGAGCGUGGUCGACUCUCGCCGCGCGGUGGAGGCUCCGCUGCCCACGCCGCACCCGCGCGCCCGCUGAGGCGGCGGCGGGCGGCCCCUGGCGCUCGGGGCGCGCACGUCGGAACAGCGAUCGGAAUCCCCCGCCCUCCACCCCCCUGGACAUUUCGAAACAUAACAAUACGUAAUAAAUUAUGUUAUUUCUGUAGAUAUGUUCACUUCCUGAUUUCAUCCUUUGUAAAGCUGGCAGUUUGGAGAACUGAUGCAGAACUUUCGCAAAAGAAGCUCUCCAAACCAACUGGCAACCCUGUAAAUUGUCCAAUAUAAAAUCCAUAGUAUGUAUUAAUUGUAUCAUUAAAAGUAUAGUUUCAUUCUCUUUGUAGUAUGUUUUAUUUAUUUACUAGUAAAUGCCAUCUGUAAAUAAAGAACUUUAAUGGAAAAAAGAGAUGUACAGAGGUUUAGUUUACCCUCCACCCCCCGCCGACUUGUUUCAGGGUGCACACGCUAAUGGUGUGGAGUAAAAGAUAUGAGAAUUGCAUCAUUUGAAUGGAAAAAUUCCUUCUACGCGUUUCAGCAGUUGCUCAGGUUUGUGGUAUCACCGACGGAUCUC